CCCACCAUAUGCCGUUUUUUGUUUCUUCCAUCAUCGGCCUCCUUUGCUCCAUCUGCGAGCUGAGGGCCGCCGAGAACCUGGGCGCGACGGCACUCGUCUGCCUGCUGCCGGCGACCCUGGCGGCAGGCGGGGUGUCGGCGCGCUGGCUGGCCACGGUGUCCCUCACGGUGCUGCUGACCCUGCUGGUGCUCAUCGUGACCACGCUGGCCGUGAAGGAGGACCCGCGCGGCCACGUGCUCCUCCUGGAGGAGGAGGGCGAGGCCACGGUGCUGCGCAACCACUGCUGCAUGUAG